CGUUUUUCAGCGAAGGACGUGUACACAAAUGGAUGAUGCUGAGGAGCCCGACGCAGCAUCCACUUCACCCUCUGUGUUGAAUUGUUUGUGUAAUUGCGUUGCCUUUUAAGUACAUUUCCCUGCAAAAGCAACCGUGCGGCUGUAACAAUGUCGAUGUCAACAUUUCAAAAGGUUACGCUAGUGUCUUGUCUCGUGCUCUGCGUUGCUCUUCUGCUUCCGAAAAUGCUGCUAGGCGGAGGGAAGAAGGGUGCCCAGACCGAGGGUUCAGGACGGUUUCCUCCCAUGGUGCACCGGCAGAUGGCUCCGGACAGUCAGGGCCAGAGGGCUGCUGGGUCCACCAGGGCACACAACACCGAGGCUAUCGCCAGGGCUAAGGGGGGUGGGGGCACAGGGGUAGGGACCGGGGGCAAGUCCAACCUGGCAGGGCAGAUCAUCCCCAUCUACGGCUUUGCGAUCCUUCUUUACAUCCUCUACAUCCUGUUUAAGAUAACCUCAAAGGGGAAGUGCGCUGUACCUACUGAACCCAGAUUUCCCUCAGUGAGAGCAGAGAACCGGAAGAGAAAGAUCACGGACUUUGAGCUGACUCAGCUGCAGGAUAAGCUGAGGGAGACAGAGAUGGUGAUGGAGAGGAUUGUGUCCAAAGCCAGCUACAGUCCUGAAAGGGUGACAGGGGUGAGUGCCGACCAGGAGGAGAGACUGCUUCUCCAGCUGAGAGAGAUCACGCGGGUGAUGCAGGAGGGCCGCCUGGUGGAGGGGGUCGCCCCCGCAGAGAUGGGGGCACAACACUGGGAAGGUUUCCCAGAGGAUCCCCAUCCAUGCUGGGAAGAGCCCUUCUGUGGCUAUGACCAUACCCAGGAGACCAGCACCGAAGAGCAGCCAGAGAGGACUGACGAGUGUGGGGCUUACCAGGAGGAGGGUGGGGCUUACCAGAAGGAGGGUGGGGACUACCAGGAGGCAGGUAGGGCUGACCAGGAUAAGGGUGGGUCUGACCAGGAAGAGGGUGUGGCAAACGAGGAGGAGAGUGGGGUUGACCAGGAAGAGGGCAGGUCUGACCAGAAAGACGUUGGGCUUGACCAGGAAGAGAGCGUAGUUGACCAGGAGGUGGUUAGGGUUGACCAAGAAGAGGGCAGGGCUGACCAGGAGGAGGGUGCAGCUGAGGAUGAUGUAGGUGUAGCUGAGGCAGCGGCUGAUUUGAAUACUGAUGAGGAGGGAGGUGCUGAUUUGGCCACUGGGAAUGAGGAAUGUGGGGCUAAGUGUGAUGUGGGUGGGACUGAGGUGGAGAAAGAAGGAAUGGACAGGGAGGAGGGUGGGGCCAAUGACAAGCUGGGUCUGGCUGAUGAAGACAGGGGUGGUGCAGAGGAGGAGCAAGGGAAGGAGCUUGAGUUUACACUGAAGAUGCCCACCAUGUUGGAGCGAGAGGAAAAGGACAGUGUUGAGAUGCCAACUAGCCGUUCUCGCGUUAGAAGGAAAAGGAACAAGAAGCAGAAGAAAUGACCAAAAGGAAACAGAGUUGAUUGACUUCCCCUAAAUUCCUUCCUAUAAUUAGGAAAGUAGAGUGCGCCCCACAAACUUGAGUCUGGCUAUGCCCGUCUAGCAACAUUUCUUCCUAGCCUCCAAUGCUUCCAAACAGGAUGGGCCAUAGCAUGAAGGUUAGCAGUAGCCAGUCUAUAAACACAGGAUCAAAAAGCUCCACCUGAGAAAGAUGGUAUCCCUUCCUCUCUUGCUAAGUGACAGUCUGAAGCAGAAGUCAUACCCACAGUAUUGUACCAAUGCCUUGUUCAGAUGUCCACUACCGCAUAAUAGCUUUGGCACAAUGUGCAUUACAGUGAACUGAAUGAUUUGGAAGGCACUGUGCUCCUACUGUCUUGAUUCACAUCUGGGCUUGAGAGGAUGCUUUUUGUCCUCUUAGUGCAAUAAACCAUAAUUAGAAUACAUGGGAAUGACCUUA